CCGCAUGUUCUGCCGACGCGCGACACCAGAAAUCCCGAAAUCGUCAGAUCCUUAUGAUCGGAUACACACUUCACAAAUACUAAAUACUAGGCCUGAAAAUUUAUCUCACUUUCCCCCUUAAAUCAUCGAAACUCGCAGUCGUGACAGGCGCUAUGUCUGAACCGAACCCCACACAAGUCCUCAAGCAACUCCAGGAACUACAACAAGAGCAUGGCGAUUUGAAGACACAGUUGAACAUCAUUCGAAUCAGCGAACCGAUUUUUUCUCCGACUGCCGAGACACAGACGGCUUCCCCAUCGAAGCGUAAUUCAGAUGUUUCUACCCUCGAUAACCCGACACCUGCCUCGUUAGAGGCAGAUCUAAGCCACUAUAAAGAACUGUUCUCGAAGCUACGGUUCUCCUAUGUGGAGCAGGUGACAAAAGAGAAAUUCUUGCGCGCAAUCGUGGGUGACCCUCCUUUGGUCGUUGGUCACAAUGAAAACGUCGAACUCGAAGCGCAACUAGCCGAGGUGAAGGCGGAGCUUCGUGCGCGGAAAGAAGAGGUCCGGAGUAUGACCGAAGAGAUGGAGAAGACAGGCAGGGACUUGGCGAAUCGUUACAAGAACGUGCAAUUGCAGUUAACUAAGCUUUCGACAUUACCGGAAUCAAUCGAGAACCUCGAAGCAACUAUCGAAGAGCUACGUGCUAAACAAGUGACCGAUACAGACGCGUCAUCAUCCCAGAGGUUGCCUCUACCGGCUACGCUGAAGCUUUUGUCGGAAAGGGAGGCCGAACUUGCGGCGCUUGAUCGACAACUUGCAGCGGUGCAAAAUGUUUUGCCCCGCAAGACUAGAGAGGCCGAGGCGGUGGAGCGUGAAUUAGGUGUUCUAGAACGCCGGAAGGCAGAAGCCAUAGCGCAGGCGCAGGAACUUCAGAGGAAGAAGGAAGAGGGCGAGAGCGAUGGACUCGAGAAAAUGGGAAGAUGGUACAAAAGCGCGGAGGAGACGCUGAAGAAAUUGGUUGGCGUAUAAAAAUAACGAAUUGUGAUAUGAGAGAGGACUACUACUUGAUGCAACGGCGUUUGGUGUUCAUACCCUUGAAUACAGUGAGGGCGGCAAAGGUUGAAGAAUAUGCAUUACUGAUUACACUGAUUACGCAGGAAAC